AUCACCCCAGAAAGUUGAUUCGAAUUAUUUUCUAUCGAGUUAACUCGGCUCGUACUUUGAAUUCGUAAUACCGUUUAUAGCGCCCGCCAUGCGCAGCCGCGAUGCGCGGCGACUGGAGGAAUAACGCAUCUUGUGGCAGAUACAUCACAGGUACCGUCUCGCAGCAAAACUUCUGCACGCUCAUUGUUCUGAGCUGAUAGCCUGAAUCACAUCCUUUAUGAUACGCGUGAGAACGUUGCGUCACCUGUUUUCGUCCGCCGCGGAGACUGUGCCAGCAGCUACGUACUCUAAGUUCGGCUCGCAGUCACGCGCAUUUCGUUACGCGUUCCUGUUCGUCGCUGUUAAGUACGCGAUCGUCAGUUACCUUAUCCGACGUUACUGGAACGGAAAGCGUAUCGGCGAGACUGAUCCCACGGAAUGGACGCUGGGCAAUUCGUCGCAAAAUGUCAGUCGGUCCGCGGAAACCCCCACGGAUAAGACAAAGAGACAAACAGUGCUAGUCAGCGGAAAAAGAACUGCGGAGUACGCAGCGCAACGGGAUACGUGAGACUCAGCCGAAGGACAAACGAUUCACGGGGACGAUGAUGGGACCGCAGAUUUCGUCCACGNNAAAGCUCAAGGAAUGGUUCGAGGGUAACUCAUAAGGCACAGUAGAAAUUAUGUAUGGUGUGGUACGCGAACAAGUUUCUGAAAGCUGGUUACACAUGUAUGACUUAAGCAGUACAAUGAUCCCUAAUGUUAGUUCACCAAUGAAUGACGAGGAGCACUUUUGCAAGUUAAUCUUAUACAAGGAAAUUAAGGAUUCAAGGGUACGAAUAUGGGAUAUUAUCAUAUUGAUACCAAAUCUCUUGUUUCUCUUAUUCAUCGCAGUGAGAUUUAACAGAGCACGGCUUAAAUUGAGAGCAACGAGUAGUCCAAUAUUUUUAGCAUUUUAUGGACUUGUCAUUUGUAACGUAGUCAUUUCAGUGAUACGAUGUGUAGUAUCAAUGACUGUAAACGCAGCUGCUACAGUUGGUGGUAAGGUCGACAAAGUACUGUGGGUUACAGUUAGAUUCUUCUUAUUAUCCACAGAGAUGAGCGUACUCAUUUUUGGUUUAGCCUUUGGACACUUGGAUAGUCGUUCAAGUAUUCGUAGAGUACUACUUGCCACAUCAUUCAUAGCACUGGCUUUUACUAUAACCCAAGGGACAUUGGAGCUAGUUUUACCAGAUGAUACAUUCCACAUUCCCAGUAAAGAUUUUUAUGUAUUUGGUCAUGGGGGUAUGAUGUUCUGGUUCUGCAGCAGUCUUGUUUUCACAAUAAUAUACCUUUUUAUAUUAAUACUGCCAUGGACACGGUUAAGAGACCGUUUAACCCUCCCAACAAAAAAAAGUUUUUACAUCUACGCUGGUACAUUAGCCAUGCUAGACUUGGUACAAUCAGUUGGUGCAGGCUUUUUAAAUUAUACACAGAAUCCUGUGGGUUUAUGCAUCGUGGACUUUACAGCCGCUAUUUACCUAACUCUUUUCACACCAUUGGUUUAUCACACAUUCCUGUCAGAAUUUCUCGGGGUUUCACAACCCUCCAUCAUGUUCUCCUACAAGGCUCAAGUGGACGAUGCAAUGGACGAAGACACAGUGUCCCUACCGCAUCAGCAGAGUUUCUCGUCGCUGAAAACAGACAGCGAUUACAUAUACCAGGUCCAUACUCCGUCUAUUCACAUGCCCUUAUACGAUUCGCAGAUAUUAAAAUCAUCUCCCUCGAAACACAAGGCUUCCUUCCACUCCCUGGCUUCCCAAAAGGAUUCGAAAACCGCUAGCGGGCACGCCUAUGAAUCCACAACCGCUUUGUACCGCUCCACCUCCGGGAUUAAGAACUUCUCCAGACGGCUUGGCACGGAGAAGGCCGGCGCGAUCUUGAAAAACUACCCGCUCGCCAGAUCAGACAAUUUUAUCGAUUCGAAGAAGAGCACGCCCGAUCUAAGAUUUCCUAGCACUGCUUGGAAAAGCAGCUCCAUAUCGCAGAUCAAGUAUGGUGGGCCUAGUAGCGUCUCCAACCUGCUAUUUCCACCAACCACUGCUAGUAAUUUUUUGUACAAACCGAAGGCUAACGACAGCAACACGAACCUCUUCUCCCUCACCAGAAAAAGCAGUUUGGAUCGUGAGAGGAAAGGCUCGGAAGGGAACGUAGCUCAAUACUUUGACAUACCUCCUUUGGAGAACACUUUACAAUCCAUUCUGGAUAGCGGUCAUCACGACCCUAAAGUGGCAGAUAGUAUCUUGGUUCAGGAGUCCUUAGAUCUUAUUGAAUCUUCGGGGAAUAACUCUGAUAAAAAAGAAUCGAGUUCUAGUAACCGGUUGACAGAUAUCGGGACAUCCGAAGUAAACGCGGAUGAAACGUCAGAUUCUGCUGAUAAUGCUUCCCAGCUGUUACUUUCUAAUCAUGUUCUCACUAAUAAAGACAGAUACGAGAAACGUAAGAAGGACUCGAAGAAGAAAGAGUCCGGCGGUCUCAGUGAAUACUUACUGUCGCUAACAAUGAGCAGCCACAAGUCUCCGAGAGACGGCGAAUCAGCUCCCAGUCCUUCCCCUACUGAUCAAAAAACCUACACGCAGACUGAGUUGUUGUAAAUAUUAAUUUGAAGUCAUUGAUGUAAAGUCUAAGUCAUUAGUAACCAUACGGGAUGUCUCUGAGUCUACUUUAUCACUUGGAAUGUUUUUUUCUCUUCAUUUUAAUACUUCAGUGGAAUUCUUGCCAUUGUAGAGUCGAUGUUCUCGAAGCAAAUGGAAGUGAAAGUUGUUUCAGUAUCAUGAGAAGAAAUAUUAAAGACAGGGAAAGUGUUCCUAAGAAUAAAGUCAGAUGGAACAGCCUGUAUAUAAGGGAAUUUUUUAAUUACUUGAGGUCGUUUUUACCCAUUGGACUAUUAGAUGUAUCAUAGUGUAAUAUAUGGAGGCGCGCACAAAUGCUUUAUUAUAUCUGUAUAUACGGCAUGUCUAGAUUUAAUUAAACUUCUUAAUGUAGCCAACGUACAUGGUUUUAUUUAUUUAUGACACUAACUUGGCAGUGGAUCACGCUAAUCUUUUAAUUUUCUGCUGCGACGGUACUCGAGGCGAACACAGUCUGCUUUCUUUCAUUUGCAACGAGUUCAACCUGCACUGCGCCGCAUCAUUGUGAAUAAUUUUCUGCACUUAGCUUGAAAGUGUACAUUACUUUAUGUUGUAUGUUUGCUAUUGCGCUCAUCGACACAUUCAUUACCAUAGCACGUAGCGUACAGGGGACAGAAUCCUUUCUUAAUUCCAAUAAAAAAAGGAAAGAUCGCAUUUCGGUUGAAUUUGUCAAUCAGAUAUCAACUUUGAUUUCAAGUGACUUACGAGUACUGAUAUGGUAAUCAAUGUGCUAACACGAUAAGAAUGCGAAAACAAGAAGAGUUACACGUUAACGUCCGGGCUUUGGAAUAAAAAUUCUACUGGGACAAUAGAAUUUUAUUCUUCUAGAAUCAAAUCUGCAAUCCGAUUAUCAAUUACACUCGAAGAGACAUUACUAUCGUAUCUUUGAUUCAUUCGCAAUUUUCACACGAUAUUACCACACAUACGUAACACUAUUCAAAUACAAUCAAUCAACGCAGUAAGAUACGUAUCUCUUUUCGUUUCUACAUUCUCGCAUAAU